AUGAAGCGCGAGCACCGACCGCUAGCCCGACACAAAGUCGUGUCCUCAAUCUCUUUUUUCUUGCUUCUCGCCGCCUUCAUAUUGCUGCUUCUUGUCGCGAUUUCGCUACCAAUAGUAAAGGCCGUGUAUCUCAUCAGUGUCAAGGCAGAUGUUUCUGCCUUGCCAUUGACGAGCGCCGCGACGGAGCUGAGGUUUGGGGUGUGGGGCGUAUGUGCGUCAAGUACAUUGAAUGCGCCAGGCAUCUUCACGAACCGGGGGACUUGCAUUGGCCCCCAGCUCGGCUACGACAUUCCCGACUCUCUUCUCAGUCUAGUGGGAAUCAACACUGCGCUUGCAGAUGCAGUGCUGCACGGCCUGCUCGUCGUCCUCGUCCUUCACCCCAUAGCGGCAGCACUCAGCUGUCUCUGCUUCCUGUCUGCCCUCUUCCUCGGCUCCCACUGCUCCGCUAUAUUCGCCCUCAUUCUCUCCAUCGUUAGCUCCAUCCUCGCUACCGUGGUUCUCGCUAUCGAUUUGGCUUUGGUCAUUGCUACGCGCGAUAACGUCAAUGACAUGAUUGGAGGGACAUCGCUGAUUGUGGAGUUUGGGAAUGGGGUAUGGAUGGUGCUUGGCGCUGUGGUAUGCUCGUGGUUGGCUGUGAUAUUCUUGUCUGCGAGGAGUUGUUAUUGUUGCGACACGAUCAUGAUCAUUACAAUCAUCACCAUUCUCAUCAUAGUCAUAGCUAUUGAUUUACAUCCACGAAAUCUGACGGACCACUUACGAGUUACGAUACCUGCUUCGGACGUUUAA